AUGAGCAUGACACCCGGUUCAACUUUUUCUUUCCUCACUUUCUGCCAGACAGAAGCCGAUUCUUCUGCAAUCCCAUUUGAAUGCGUGAGAUAUCGGUGCAAAAAGUCGGAUAACCCAAUCAAGUUUGCCUACGUCCCGAUAUACAAGCAAUUCCCCCGCUUUAACACCGAAGUUGAGGACUCAUCUAUCCGCGCUAGCCAAGUUACACGCUGGGUUCCACCCGAGUUAGCCGCCUACAAAACAUUGACUAAUACGAAAGCUACACCUCGCCUGUCAGGGUGGUCAGUGGAGAAACAGAAGAGCUCCAGACUUAUCCGUGGUGGAUUCAUUGUAUCACUCGCAUGGGAGGAGGUACCUGGUAUACAGCUAGGAGAUUGCUUUAGCGGAGACGUGUUCUGGAGCUUAAGCCAUAAGAACGAGACACUAUCCGCCAGGCUUUAA